CGGCCCCGGAGCCCGGUCCGCGAGCGGCGGCGGCGGCGGCGGCGGCGGCGGCGGCCGGAGGGAAGAUGAGCGGCGCGGCGCGGGCGGGCCCGGCCCGGCUCGCGGCGCUGGCCCUGCUGACCUGCAGCCUGUGGCCGACGCGGGCGGACAACGCGAGCCAGGAGUACUACACGGCGCUCAUCAACGUGACGGUGCAGGAGCCCGGCCGCGGCACCCCGCUCACGUUCCGCAUCGACCGCGGGCGCUACGGGCUCGACUCACCCAAGGCCGAGGUCCGCGGCCAGGUGCUGGCACCGCUGCCCAUCCACGGAGUUGCUGAUCAUCUGGGCUGUGAUCCUCAGACACGGUUCUUUGUCCCUCCUAAUAUCAAACAGUGGAUCGCCUUGCUACAAAGAGGAAAUUGCACCUUUAAAGAGAAAAUAUCACGGGCUGCUUUCCACAAUGCAGUUGCUGUAGUCAUCUACAAUAAUAAAUCCAAAGAGGAGCCGGUCACUAUGACUCAUCCAGGCACGGGAGAUAUUAUUGCUGUCAUGAUAACAGAAUUGAGGGGUAAGGAUAUUUUGAGUUAUCUGGAGAAAAACAUCUCUGUACAAAUGACAAUAGCUGUUGGAACUCGAAUGCCGCCAAAGAACUUCAGCCGUGGCUCUCUAGUCUUCGUGUCAAUAUCCUUUAUUGUUUUGAUGAUUAUUUCUUCAGCAUGGCUCAUAUUCUACUUCAUUCAGAAGAUCAGGUACACAAAUGCUCGCGACAGGAACCAGCGGCGUCUUGGAGAUGCAGCCAAGAAAGCCAUCAGUAAAUUGACAACUAGAACAGUGAAAAAGGGCGACAAGGAAACAGAUCCAGACUUCGAUCACUGUGCAGUCUGCAUAGAGAGCUAUAAGCAGAAUGAUGUUGUCCGAGUUCUCCCCUGCAAGCAUGUUUUCCACAAAUCCUGUGUGGAUCCCUGGCUGAGUGAACACUGUACCUGUCCUAUGUGCAAACUUAAUAUUUUGAAAGCCCUAGGAAUUGUGCCAAAUCUGCCAUGUACUGAUAAUGUAGCAUUUGAUAUGGAGAGGCUCACCAGAACCCAAGCAGUCAACCGAAGAUCAGCCCUCGGUGACCUUGCCAGCGACAGUUCUCUUGGCCUUGAGCCACUGCGAACUUCAGGGAUAUCGCCUCUUCCUCAAGAUGGGGAGCUCACUCCUCGAACGGGUGAAAUCAACAUUGCAGUAACAAGUGGGCACUUCUUUCACCGGAACUCUCUGUCGCCUCGCAGCCUCGUGUACGAGAGUGAAUUCUCCACAAUUGAACCUUCCUUGGACAUGUAUGAUGAGAACAAAACCUGAUUUUAAACAACAACAACAACAAAAAAUGGGCUGUUGGGGGUUCUCUCCUUUUGAGAUUUGAUUUAUGGUCACCUUUCUUAUUUUGUAUUCUUCUGUCAUCAUCCGUUUUGGAAGAAUGGCAGUACCUCUGGGCGCAAGUUGGAGUUCAGGGUUAAAUUGCAGAGUUCCCCAAGGUGAGGUCUGAGGACAGCGUUAUUGCCCAGGUGAGCCUCAUGGUACUGAACACCUACCCAGAGCAACCACUGAGCAUGGGCACCUCAUGAGCCUUGCCGUUUCCAGAGCAGAGGUAGGGCCAGGGGUUAAUGAUGCGUGUGUUGCAAAUGUGUCCGUGUCCCCAAACAGUCGCACACUGUUCUGUGUCAGGGUGGCAUUGGGGUUUUGUAAAAUAUAGUUCGUGGUCCUCUCAUGCACAGGAAAGCCUGCAGAUGAAAUGUCCCAGCAAUGCAGAGUAUGAAUCAGGGCUCCUUGGCCUGCUUCACUUUGUCCUGUCUCUUACCGUAUUUCCUGGUAAAAGGCCUCUACCCACGGGAAGUUCUCCCAGAGAAGCUUCAUCUUCCUUUCCCCCUCUGAGACUCUGACCACCUGCUGUCCUCCAUGCUUGGGGGACACAGGCCUUGGGGCCAGAGUCUGCUGUCACGGGAUCAGACAGUCAUCUGCUUUGUCGUUUUCCAGCAUCUGUGACAAGCGUGACAUAAGAUGACAAGUAUUUACAUAGACACUAGACACGGAAGGCAUCUCUCUCCACUACCUAUGAUAUAUAUGGGGAGUUGACACCAGGAGGUGGCACGAUGACCACAGGGGGCAGGGUUAACCGUCAUCAACACCAGAUGGUUUUGAAUGUUUUAUUGGGUCGUGCAAACCAACAUCCUACUAUUAAAUACCAGAUAGGGGACCCCCUCCAUCUUGAUUGUCCAAUCUAGUGCCAUCCAUCCAGCCUCAGCACCAAUAUGAAGAAACACAGGAGUGCUGGCAGCCAGACUUACAGAAGAAGAUGCUGUAGGAGCAUGGUGGACACUGGGCACAUGUGUGUUCUUCCCACAAAUCCAGAAUGACACAUCAAGGUAACAUAUAAGAAACUUGUGACCUGCAGUGUGGGACCAGGAUCAGCAAAUCACCUCCUUUCUGCAGAAGGUCAUGCCACAGUCAGCCUGCUUCUCACCACAGCUGUGAAGGUGUCCAGACCCUUGUUAAGAGAAUACAGCUCCCGUGUCUAAGUGUGUGUGUGUGUGUGUGUGUGUGUGUGUGUGUGUGUGUGUGUACACAGCCAGCAAAGGGGGAGGCUCCCUCCCUGUCACUUUUAUUAGCUCUGUGGUCAUUAAGUUUGAGGUGCAUACAUCCCAUCCUCACACAUGUGGCUUCUUCUCUUUCACAGCAUCUUGUAACAUGUCACUAAGACCCCUCGGGCGCUCCUGUGCCUGAAACAGACCCCCAGAGAACCCGAAUGCUGACAGCCUGUGAGAACAUAGCGGCAGGGUGAGCCCCCACACUUUGCUUGAGUACUUCGAGGCUGGACAGGGCUGACCUCCGAGGUCUUAACUGCUUUCACUCUUUACUGCUUACCAAGGGCUUUUGUCUUUCCUUUUCAUAGUCUUUGUACUAUAAAAAAUAUUUUUGAUAAAGUUUCAAUAGAUUAUCGUUCUGAAAGGCAGGUUCUCAGUGACAGCAGGAGACACAGUGGCCCAGGGUGGAGACUUAGGCGGAGGUGUCUGGUGUGCAGACAGAUCGAUGCUGCCACAGCCGUGUUGUCCGUAGCCUGGCCUUACCCUCUCCAUAACCAAAACUCAGAUCCCAGUGACUCAGUUCUUUUUUUUUUUUUUUCAGGUCUCAACUGUCUUAGUUGAGUUAAGUUCCACUCUAGACAGUUUACUAAAAAAGGACUGGAAUCACUUGGGGGAAAUUUUUUAAUUAAGUCCUCUAAAAUCUACUGAGACAGUGUGUUUGAAUCCCUGGAAAAUCUGGGGCGCAUGUUCAUUGUAAACAGCCAAGGAGGCAGUUCUUAUGAACGGAUAUAUUCAGAACAGCGUUCCCCAUACCAGGUUGACCCUCUUUUCCUGAAAAUUGGGGCCACCUUCACCUCAGUUCCAGAAUGUCCUCCUGUCUUUGUCCUGAUGGGCACUGGCUUCUUUGUUGGGGACACAUGCUUUGGAAGUACAAAGGAUAAAGGUUUCCCACCAGGAGCUAUGACGAGGGGACACCCCAUGAAGCCACUCUGGUGCCUGGGUGGGUGCAGAAGCAUUCCUGGCAGAUGCCACAGAACACACACCCAUCAGGAUCUGCAGCCACAGGCAGCAUUCGCUGCAAAAUUGGCUGCAGCAGCAUGUAUGCAGAGGCUUAAGGUUUUGAGGUACUUAGCUUCCUUGUGGAGGGGCCGCUGUGGUCCUAUUACUUCAGGGAGAAAGAAGAGCUGACUGGCCUGGACAUCCAGGUGUAAAAUCUCCAGAGGUUCUCCAGAAGUCAUGAGUAGAUCCAGCCAGGGCCCCACCUUUGUUCCCCUCUUAGGAAAACAGGCCCUACCAUCAAUAGGUGAAAACUCCCCCCAAGGCCUCCAUCUCCUGGCUCCUCUUGUCCUUCCCUUGUGGGAGCAUCUGUAAGGCACAUCCCUGAAGGCCAAAUCCAUCAUGAACCUGAGCCUGUGCUUCCCCUCAGCCCCAAUGCAUAACAGCACUGGAUGCCAAAAGAUGAGGUCAGAAAGACAUUAAACAAAAGAUCGCUGAAUCUUACUAAUUGCCAUAUGCUAUGGCUUUAUAGGCCCCCCCUAGUUUUAUUACCCCUCGAAUCCAGGCUUUCACUCAUCUACACACUAAAUGAUACCAAACUGAGGGAAAGCCACCUGUUCUUUCACUGCUAACCCUUGCUGUAAGGGGCCUCGUCCUGCUACAAGGAAAGAAGACUGAUUUCAUAUCAGUAGUCCUCCUGACAAGGGGUCAUUGUUCAGAAAUGUCAAGAAAGGAAAUUGCCGAAUUUAAAACUGUGGCAUUUAGAAGGGAAAGGCAAGACCAUAGAGUUAAUUUUGUCUUUCUCUUGUUUUGCCUUUUGUUUUCUGUUGUCUUUUUUGGUUUUUUAAGACAGGGUUUCUCUGUGUAGCCCUGGCUGUCAUAGUACUCACUCUGACACGCCUGCCUCUGCCUCCUGAAUGCUGGUUUUAAAGGUGUUUGCCACCACGUCUAGCCUGUCAACAGACUUUUUAUCAUGUUCUCACUUUGUACCUUACGUGUGCACUUAGAGUUAAGAUGGAGUAGACAUGAAGGCUUAGGGGACUGGGGGUGCAUCUCAGUGGCUGAGCAUAUUUGGCUUUCCCAAAAACUGGCUUGUUGGCAACAGUCUGCAGGGUGAGAGCAAAUGAAAUGAGGGUGAGGCUUGAAGAGACAGUUCCCAGGGCAUGGGUGGAGGGGGCAGCAGUGCAGCCUGCUGAAUCUGGGUGAAGGGCCAUGAGGAGGAACAGGAGUAAGGCAAGGUCCUUGAGCUUAAACUGGCAUCUCUCCUUCUGGGGCAAGGGAGCAUCUGAGUCUUCUUGGAAAAAGAACACUGAGCUAUAGGCUGUAUGAGAGGCAGAGGGCAGAUGGGCCCUGCAGGAGGCUGGCAUGCUAGCAGUUGGCUUGGGACCAAGGGACCCCAAACUGAGCUAACUAACCAUAGGAAAACAAGGGGUGCUGUGAGACAGAAGUAGAAGGCAGAUUUUUAAUCUCAGUGGUUGGAUGAAUAUUAGUGGGAUCUGGAAGAGCCCAUAAAACCCAGCCCCGAAGUGAUCUCUAUGUGAUCACAGUUCCUGGGAGUCUCUGCAUCUUCCCCUCCUCAGCCCUGUGCAGGCAUAAGUGCACUAGGCACACAUGCUCACCCUGGCAGAGGUGGACCCUCAAGUAGGAUGAUGGUGCCAGCCAGAGAGAAGCUGGGUUAGGGAGCAUUGAUUGGUAUGUACAGCCCACAGAAAAGGCUACUGGAGACACUGAUGAAGAAAAGUGAUUGCGCCUGGCUUCCCCCUUCAAGAAAGGUGGGUUUGCCAGCUCUCGUUCUCCAGUGUUCAGAAUUGGAUGUCUGUGCGCGUCAACUCAAACUCAGUCCCUCUCUAAGGGAAUGUGAAGAGGUGAGAAUAAGGAAUCAUUAUCCAGGGUGGCUGUCCUGACACACGGCUUAAAACAAGUGCCUUUCCAUCCCGAUCCAGAUGAGGGCAGUGCUUACAAACAGGACAUGGAGUUCUGUCUUGUUUGGGCCCUGUGGGUGCACUAUCCCAAAACUUCCGCACAGCCCUCAUUUAACCUGUCCGGAAAGGGGGGAAUGUAUUAAGAUGUCUGGAUAUGUUUGAGAUCACUGCCAGACUGGGAAAGUGUCUUACAGGCUGUAAGCGUUGUAAUGUCAGAAAAGGACCAGAAGGAGUGUUGGGACAAAGACGCCUGUGUCUGUAGCACAGGACUAUGCAUGGUGGUCCCUGGAAACAGAGGGAAAAGCAAAGCACAGGGGCAAGCUGCUCCUGUGGACUCCUUGCCUCUGACUGGCUGGACCCUUGGCCCUCUGCAGACCGCAGUAUUUACAGGUCACAGCAGCCUCCUGGAGCCUGAGUGUCAGGGCUGAAGUUUGUGGUCUGGAGGCCCCUUGUAGCCAAGGAAUUCCUUCAGGUCUCUGUCAGAGUUGAUAGGUUGCCCUCUUCUCCAGGUGUGAUCCCAGACAGGCCAGGUGGGCCCCAGCAGGCCUGGGAUGAAAGCAGUCACCUGUGUUUUCCAAAGCUGUGAGCCUACCAGGCUGUAGUGACUGCAAAGGCAGAGGGAGCAGUCAGACUCAGCUCCUAAGAGGGUGACAGUUCUACACUACAGACAUGGUUCUGAGGGCCCUAAAAUGGCCCUGUGGAGGCUGCUCAUCCCCUUGAUUAUCUUCCUGCAGUUCUACAAUUAUUUUUCUUCCUGCUUUCUUCACACUGACUUGGGGAAGGAAGAAGAAACAUAUGGCAAAGACGGAAUAGCCUUUGGACUUUGUGCAACUCACGUAUUGAACUUUCAGGAGGAUUCAUUGCUGCCAGAGUAACUCAGGCCUCUGCCCUGGGAUCGCCCAGGUUCCUACUAUUGACUCUUUAAGACAGGCUUGAGGUGGCUGAGACACCAUUUCACAGCCUAAGAGAAUGAUCUUUCUCAGAAGCAUCGGUAAAGGCUGGAGCUAAAGGCAGCGCCCUCACCCAGCAGUUAGCGCCUUUGCAGACCACACUGGCUCCCCUCCUGAGGAGAGGCGGGCUGCCAAGCAUCAUUGUACACCCUCUCCUGUAGUGGACCCUCCAUCCCCCCACCUUCCCGCGUCCCUAGAACAGUUGAUGCUGACGUGGCUCGUUUCUCUCCAGUCCCUUCAAGUCCACUUGCUGAGCAGGUGCAUGCAUGGGGAAGGGACAUGGUGGCCACCUGCAAGCCUGCAGUGGCUUUCGCUAGCCCCCCCUCCCUCUCAGCGACCCUCGACUGAUUCUACCUGCUGGCAGCAGUUAACACUGUACUGAGCUACAUUUUUUACAAAUUUAACCCAACAGAACUGAAUUCUCACUUUUGAAAUUACCCUUUAUCCACAACUAAGUCUAAAUGUAUUUACAUUAUGAUAUUAAAGGACUUUUCUAAUGACUGAACCAAGAUAUUGGUUCUAUACCAAUCAAAGGUACUGAACCUUUGAUGAAGACAGGCCAGGUGGGCCCCAGCAGACCUGUGUUCUUAUAUAUAUAUAGGAGGUUGGAUAAAAUGUGAUAUCACAAGCCAUAUUUUCCCUUCAGGUAAGCAAGCUGCACCUGCCAGCUGCCACCCAUGCUUCAUGCUUCAGUCACUAGCUAUGGCCUGGUUCUUCACUGACACAUGCCACCUCCCUGGCAGCCCCGGCUAGCUUGCUAACCCAGCUAGGUGACAGCUGUCUUGGCUAGUGCUUGGGGUAGACCCUGGUAUCUUCAGCCUAGCAUAGGGAGUGAGGUGGACCCUUGAGUGGCCAUACCUCAUCCAAGGAAACUGGACCAGCCUUGUUUACAGAAACAGAAAGGAGUCCAGGCUGGGAGGAGAUGUGGGUGUGGGGUGGAGAAAGCCAUCACCUCCUAGUCGUACCCUGCUCCUGAAAAAGGAGAGCAGUCUGUCUAAAUUCCAGGCCCCCUGUGUCAAAGCUGUGUUGACCCUCAGUAGUUUUACACUCAUAGAAAACACUGAGUCUCCCCUUUUGUAUCUGGGUUAUUCGAAGAACCCCGCUCACCCCAGGUCCCUACUGACUGCACAACAUUUCAGUGGAUGGCAUACAAAACUAUUUUUCUAACCCGAGCACAGGUAACUCUGGGUGUGGAAGCUCAGACUACGCCUAAGGGGAAUGGCAAGGUGGAGCACCUUGAGGGUAAGAGGGACACUACGCAUUUGAAUUUCUUUCGCCGGUGGGAUGGUUUGUGCCAGAAAGAGCACAUAUCAAGUAUUCAAGAAACAAAAUUGCCCAUUAGCCUAAUGCAGGGCUCAUUGUAGGGGUUACCCUGUCAGGAACACAGACACGUGCAAGUACAAUGUGAGCUGACUUCUUGACGAUCGGGUCUGUCAACCCCUGGAAGUGGGCAGCACGGCUCGUAGGUCCACAUGGUUGAUGUAAGUAUAAUUCAGUAGAAAUUGUCUGGCAUGUACCUCGAUGCCAAUAGUGUACACCUGUUUGUGUGGAAUUUGCUAACAUAACCGUUUCAAUAAAAUCCUAUUGAAAAAGC